AUGGAAUGUCGGUUAGAUGAAUUUUCCUCUCGCCUGUCAUCACAAUUAUGGGAAAUCGAAAAGAAAAUCAAUGAAUCGUCUAAUCGUCAGGGUGAAAUAGAAAGUCUUAUAAAUGCAAUAGUUCUCCCAUCUAUUCAAGAUAUUGACCACAUAUUAUCACAAUCAUCUACAAAUCGAACUUCCCAAGAAUCAUUCAAAAAGUUUAAUGAAAAAAUUAAAGGAUUAUUGUCGAAUCGGCAAUCGAACUUAAAUCAUUACUACCAUCAAUCAACAGUCAAUAAUACAGAUAUUCCGAAUUCAAAUAAAAAUUAUCUACCACUGCUGUAUGAUCUCUCUGAACAUCAAAAACAAAUUGCAUUUGAGACAUUACAAGAGUGCUGUUGGACUUGGAAAUCAGAUGAACUUUCAAAUUUUUGGCAAAAUCAACAUUGCCAACCAAAAACACCAGUAAAUUGGCUCUCUUUAUUGCAUUACAAUAUUCGUUACUUUAAUUCAAAUCAAGCUGAUCUCAUCGAUAUGUUCCCGACAAAAUUAUUAAACAACUUCUUUUUUUUAUACAAUGUUUAUACAAAAGAAGGUACAAAUUCACAUGGUGGUGUUGUACUCGCUGUGAAUAAAAGAUUAAAAAGUUAUCUGAUAGAAAUUAACGAACCGAAUGUUAUUGCUGCUCGAAUUACAAUUGAAAAUGAACAAUUUAUCGUCGCAAGUAUAUAUUCUCCACCUACAGAACCAUUACCACUAUCUACAAUGACAAAUUUAUGGAAGAAAAUCGAAAAAAAUCGUCCUGGAAGAAUAUUAGCUAACUGGCUCAACAAACAGAACUUGAAGGUACUUAAUAAUGGCACAAGGACCUCUCUACGUUCUAAUACAACUAUCGAUCUAGUCAUUUCAAGUGAAAUUCCUGAAACAACUGAAAGUCACACAUUGCCAUAUAUGGGUAGCGACCAUCUCCCAGUUUUUACGAAAUUCUUACGUCUACAUGUAUUAAUCGACAUGCACAUCGUACCGUGUACUUAUUGGAAACUUUAUUCAUCGAUUCUUACUAUUCUAUUUGAUCAAAUUCAAACUGAAAAAGAAAACUCAAUGAAUGAUUCUAUUAACAUUUACAAUUGGUUCUUGAGCUUUGAACGAUUUCUGGCAGCUCUCAAACUUAGAGUAACAGAAUGGAAAGGAAUCAAACGAAAACGUCCAUCAAUUUCAUCUUCACUUCGAAUUCUUAUUCGCCAUAAACAUUAUCUACAAAAUCGAUAUCGACAUUCAAAAUAUGAAGAUGAUCGGAUAAGACUUCGAUCAUGGAAUAUUCUCGUCAAACAAGAAUUUCAAGCAUAUAGACAACGAAAAUGGGAAAAGUUUAUUUCAAACGUAGCUUCAUCGAAUCCAACCUCUUCCCGGCAAACAAUGAAGAUGCUGAACAAAAAGAAAUCCGUUGACUUUUCGGCACUGACAGAUAGUAAUACAAUAUAUAGACCGCCAACAGAUAUUGGAAAGUGCCUGGGGCAAAAGGAAGUUGUUGAUGUAUGGAAAUUAUACAGUCUAGCUGAUAUUGAUGAUAUAGAAUUAACAUCCAGUCAAUCAGAUCUUAAAUUUAGUGUACAAGAUAUAAAAGGUGCUAUUCGUUCAUUAAGAAGUAAAAAAUCAUCUGGUUUUGAUCAAGUAUCGAAUAUAAUGAUCAAACUUCUCCCUGAACAUUACCACGCUCUGCUUACACAGGCCUACAAUGAUCUUUUUCGAAAUGCUCAAUGGGGAAGUGAGUGGAAAACAGCCAGAACCAUAUGUCUCAAUAAAUCGGAAAAUCCAGCUCCAACAACAAAUCAAUUACGACUAAUAUCUAUGUUGUCAAUAUUCAGCAAGAUUUACGAAAGGUUAUUUUUAACUAGAUUCAACAGUUGGACGACAAGAAUGAUUAUAUUACCAGCUCAACAAUCAGGUGCUAGACCGCAUCAAGCGACAACGUCUAGAGUCAACUGUUUUUUAGAACAAAUUACUCAAUCCCUUCUCUACAAUUCAUUCACUCCGGUCGUGUGCAUUGAUUUUUUACAAGCUUUCGACAAAUUGUGGCAACAAGGACUUCUACUCAACCUAUAUAGACUAAACUGUCCUGCUGCCUAUCUUGUUUGA